AUGGAGGACGCCCUCGCCCGGCGCGAAAGGCUGAAGGCCCUGCGAGCGGCAGCCCAGGCCUCGGCACCGGAUGAAGCAGAUGCGUCACAACAGCAUGACACGGCUGAGCCGGAGCCAGAGAAACCCGUCCUUAAGUUCCGGAACUACGCAGUCCAGGACACCAAGCGGAUAGACCACGAGCGGGUUGCAGCAGCGCAACCCCCCAAAUUCCAGGAACCUGUCGUUGAAACGAAACCAGAGGAUCUGCCUCAGGAGGAGCUGCUGGUCAACAUAGCCCCAAAGAAAGCUAAUUGGGACCUCAAACGGGACGUGCAACCGAAGUUGGACAAACUGGAGCGGCGCACGCAGCGGGCUAUCUUGGAGAUGAUGCGCGAGGAGGAGCGGCGCAAGCUGGAGGAGGAGGGCGGUGUGCAGGACUGA